AUGGGGUGGAAGGGGGAUACAGGGGGGUUUGGGGGUGCCCGGGGGGUGCCGGUGCUGAGGUUUCCCCCCCCCUGCCCGUGGGACAGGUUGCACAUUGGGAAGGGGGUGCAGCUGGAGUGUCGGGGCGAGGGCGACGUGUGGCUGCGGUGUCGGAGCGACCACCCCAUCUUCCUCCAGAGCUACCACCUGGACAGGGAGGCCGGGAGGGCCCCCGGAGACGCCGUCCACAAGGUUUACCCCCGAGCGUACAUCAAGGUAUUUGACCUGCGCCAAUGCCACCGGCAGAUGCAGCAACAAGCGGCCACGGCCCAGGCAGCCGCCGCCGCUCAAGCGGCCGCCGUGGCCGGCACCAUCCCAGGCCCCGGCUCGGUGGGAGGCAUCGCCCCCGCCAUGGGGCUGUCGGCGGCGGCGGGGAUCGGGGUGGACGACCUGCGGCGACUCUGCAUCCUGCGGCUGAGCUUCGUUAAGGGCUGGGGGCCCGACUACCCCCGGCAGAGCAUCAAGCACACGCCGUGCUGGAUCGAGGUGCACCUCCAUCGCGCCCUGCAGCUGCUGGACGAGGUCCUGCACACCAUCCCCGUCGCCGAGCCCUGA